AUGACUGCAACUGUUAAUGGAAUGAAAAACGAACAACGUAUUCUUCCUCCAAUUACUGAAGAAGAACUUUUAGCGAAAGAAAGCAUAUCACCGGAAGAUGUUUUGCGGCUGCAAGGGCCAACUGAAGAUUUCUUAUGCCCUCUCUCUGCUAACGUUUACGACAUCGAGUUCACAUUCUUCAAGAUUCGAGAUUUAGAUACUGAGCAAGUUCUCUUCGAAAUAAGAAAACCCCCAGAGGAAAUUGGAGAGAAGCCGUCGACAGAUCGAUUCGUCCGUUAUCGGUUCACUUCCGAGUUUUUGCAUCUGAAACAUGUUGGUGCGACUGUUGAGUUCACGGUGGGCUCGAAGCCCGUAUCAAAAUUCCGAAUGAUUGAGCGACACUUUUUCAAGGACCGGCUAUUGAAAAGUUUUGAUUUCGAAUUUGGUUUUUGCAUUCCAAACUCUCGUAAUUCUUGCGAACAUAUCUAUGACUUCCCGCAACUCAACCCUCAACUAGUGCAAGAAAUGAUUGAAAAUCCAUGCUGCACGCGCUCUGACAGCUUCUAUUUCGUCGAUGACAAACUUAUUAUGCAUAAUAAGGCUGAUUAUUCUUAUGAUCUACCAUGA